CCGGUUUCACUUCCUGAAGCAGGGAGGAGCUGGAACUUAUCGUCGUAGACAUAAGCACAUAUCAGUGCAUUUUGGUCUGAAUAUUCCUCAUCGUUGCUGACCAAGAUGAUUGACGUUCGUGCAUGGGCAGAGUAUGUGGUGGAGUGGGCUGCCAAAGACCCCUAUGGUUUCCUUACCACUGUCAUACUGGCUCUCACACCUCUUUUCAUUGCCAGUGCACUGCUGUCCUGGAAACUGGCCAAGAUGAUCGAAGCACGUGACCGGGAACAGAAGAAAAAGCAGAAACGUCAGGAAAACAUAGCCAAGGCAAAGAGGACCAAGAAAGACUGAGCCUGUGAGGGCAGGAUGAGGGCAUGAAAAAAGGAGGAGCAACCACCACGCUCACAGCCCUCCUUAUUCCAAAUAAUGACACAGUGCCCUUCCCUGUCCCAGCCCUACUGUCAGCACAGGGCCACCAUGCCUCAUGUCCUGGGUAGGAGGAGGGACACUGGCCCCACAGGCCUAACAGUGCUGAGACGGACAGGACUGCCCAGAGGAGGCUCAUCCCAGUGGGACUUUGGUCAGCAAGAGCACAGUGGUCAUCUGUAAGAAGUUUUUAUGCAGAGAUCUGCUGAUAAUAUUGUGCAGCUGUUGCAACACCUUGCAUUCCAUUGUUAGCAUCCCUGUUCUGACGAUGUAAUGAGCAUACUGGAAUUUUUUCUCCAAGUCACUUGCAAAAUAUCAAAAUUAUUACUUUCUAAUUAAUAAAGUUUUCAUGGUUGAUAAGAAAAUCUAAUUUCCUCUGUGUGGAUUGAACAGCAUCAGAAGUGCUUUUAAUUCAGUGCACAUAAAAAAUAUUCACCCCCUCAUGUUUUAUGAUAUUGUAACACUGAACUAGAGUGCAUGUAAUUAGGCUUUUGUGUACUGAUUGACAGAAAAGACUUUAAUGUCACAGUCAAAAAGAACUAUAGCGUGAAGACAGAGGAACAUCUAAACAAGUCAAAAGAAGGAAAGAAAAUUUUGGAGGCACUGACUAUUGAACACAAUAGAGGGAGGUCAAUCAUAAAACCAGACAAAAUAUGUAACGGCUGUAAAAGGCCAACAUGCUGCCAAAGGUGCCUUUAUUAAAUAUUGACUUGAAGAGAGUGAACCAUUUUGGCCAGGAUUUACUGUUAUGCAUGUUUUAUACACUAUGUUCUUUAUGUUUUAUACACUUUGUUCUUAACUUAGAUCUACUUGCCUUCAAUUUGAUAAGACCCCCUGUUUAUUAGUAUUAAAAAUGAAUUACAUUCACUGUGACUCAGUGUUGUAAGAUAAUAAAACGUUCAAAAGUCCA